AGUAAUACAAGCUUUUCAUUCUUCUUUCAGAAUUUUCCAAGUCAAGAGUGACAGCAUGAAUCACUCAAUAAUAACUAAUAACUGUAUCAUCAUCAUAUAAAAUUGAAUGCAUAUAUUUUGUCGAUUUCAUUCUGUUGAGAUCUAGUUCUGCCAUAAGAUUGAGAAUGGGGAUGUUGGAAAACUUAGUGACAUUACCUACGUUUUAAAUAAUUUGUUUCUAACAGUCAAUGUUUAACUUUGUUAAUGCCUCAUGCAGAAAAUAUGUUUGGUUUGGAAACUUAGGUGAAUUGCUGUUUCUGUUGUGGAGAAAUCUUCAGAAAAGACAAGCGGAGUCUUCAGAAAGGCUGUCAGAAUUUAAGACUUUAUUCCACAGCAUAGAAAACAAUUGCAGGGCACAUAAAGCCUGUCUCAAUUCAUGAAGUGGUCCCUGAGUGUCCAGAGAGCCCCAAAUAUACAGAUCAGAUGAUGCUGUCUAGGCUUAGAGUGCUGUCCAGGCCAUGUGCCUGUGCUUGCAGAGCUGUGCACACAAAAGAGAAAGGAAAACCCUUGAUGCUAAAUCCAAGAACAAACAAGGGAAUGGCAUUUUCUUUGAAAGAGAGGCAGCUGCUUGGCCUACAGGGGCUUCUUCCUCCCAAAAUAGAGUCGCAGGACAUUCAGACUAUGCGCUUCAAAAGGAAUUUAGAAAAAAUGGACGAUCCUUUAGAAAAGUAUAUCUAUAUCAUGGGGAUUCAAGAGAGGAAUGAGAAGCUGUUCUAUCGAGUUUUACAAGAGGAGAUUGAGAAACUGAUGCCAAUAGUCUACACGCCUACUGUGGGUUUAGCUUGCUCACAGUAUGGGCACAUCUUUAGACGACCCAAGGGUGUAUUCAUAUCCAUUCAUGACAGAGGUCACAUUCAGUCCAUUCUAGAUAACUGGCCAGAAACUAAUGUAAAGGCAGUUGUAGUUACUGAUGGAGAGCGAAUCUUAGGAUUGGGAGAUUUGGGGGUCUAUGGAAUGGGCAUUCCAGUCGGCAAACUCUGCCUUUACACAGCGUGUGCUGGCAUCCGACCUGAAACGUGUCUUCCUGUGUGCAUUGAUGUUGGAACAGACAAUCCAACACUGCUAAAGGAUCCUUUUUAUAUGGGUCUUUAUCAGAAACGUGAUCGCUCACAAAUGUAUGAUGAUCUCAUUGAUGAAUUCAUGGAAGCUGUAACAAACAAGUAUGGUCAGAACACCCUGAUUCAGUUUGAAGACUUUGGAAAUCAUAAUGCCUUUCGUUUCUUGAGAAAGUAUAGGGAAAAAUACUGCACUUUCAAUGAUGACAUUCAGGGAACGGCUUCUGUGGCUUUGGCAGGACUGCUGGCAGCACAAAAAGCAAUUGGAAAACCUAUUACCGAACACAGGGUUCUCUUCCUCGGUGCAGGGGAGGCGGCCCUUGGAAUAGCAAACCUCAUUGUUAUGUCCAUGAUGGAGAAUGGAAUUUCUCAGAUGGAGGCAAGGAAGAAAAUCUGGAUGUUUGACAAAUUUGGUUUAUUGGUUGAGGGUAGAAGUGAAGGUAUUGAUGUUAACCAAGAAGCUUUUGCCCAUGAAAGUCCAGGUCAGAAUGCAAAGACCUUUCUAGAUGCAGUGAAAAUGCUGAGGCCUACUGCCAUUAUUGGUGUGGCAGGUGCAGGCCGGUUAUUCACUCAUGAGGUCAUUCAGGAAAUGAGUUCAAUCAAUGAGCACCCCAUCAUAUUUGCUCUGAGUAAUCCCACAGCCAAAGCAGAAUGUACAGCAGAGGACGCCUACACUCUGACGCAGGGUCGCUGUUUGUUUGCUAGUGGCAGUCCUUUUGAACCUGUUACUCUGAGUGAUGGCAGAGUUUUUAAGCCAGGACAAGGCAACAAUGCCUAUAUCUUCCCAGGUGUUGCUCUUGCUGUGAUUCUCAGUGGUGUCAGACACAUUAGUGAUAAAGUGUUUUUGGAAGCAGCUAAGGCUUUAGCAGAGCAACUUACAGACGGAGAACUGCAGCAGGGCAGACUGUACCCACCAUUGGCUAACAUACGAGAAGUUUCUAUUUCCAUUGCAGUGAAGGUUGUUGAAUAUGUCUACGCUCAUGGUGCUGCCUUCCACUAUCCUGAGCCCCUGAAUAAGGACCAGUAUAUCAGAUCAAAGAUUUGGAGCACGGAUUAUGAUUCAUUUUUACCAGACACUUAUAACUGGCCAGAAUCGGCAGCGAGACCACCUAAAAUAUGACGGUAUCAAAGCAGCUAAAGACUAGGAAAAUCAAAAGUUUUGUAUUCAUUUUGUGUGUGUUUUUAUUUCCUUUUUUUCCAUAAAGUGUGUGUAGUAGUAAACAGUGAUAUGUACAGCAUAUAGUAAGGGAAGAGUAGGUGAGCUAUAAAGUACAAACACUGCUCUCCUAAAAUGUUCACAUUAUACUUAAGAGGUUUUUAGUAAUGACUUUCAGUUAUAGCUUACAGAUCAGUACAAAAGAUAUUUAUAAAAAAAAAAUGAAAUGUUAGGUUGUUGCAUUGAAAUAUCUAAAAUAUGCCUUAUUAUACUGAAUGAGUAGUACAUUAUAAGUCCUGCAUGGCUGACAGACUUUUUGCAGGGUAGAAAUGUAAUACUCUCAGAACGAAUACAGUAUAUUGCAGAAAAUGUGGAGUUAGGCUGCUGCUUUCUCACAUUUUAAAUGUAAUCUGUUUGAACAAUAUAUGCUUCAUAAAGGCUUGCUGUAACUGAGAACCAUUACGUAUUUUAAAAUUUAAAUUUGCUUUGAAAUGUCUCAUUUUAGGAUUGAAUAUGUCAUUUGGUUUUGUGAAUGAAGUACAAUCUGUAUCCAAAAAUGACUGCAUCUGUAAUAUACCUCGUAAAAAUUCAAAUGAGUCCAUCCAGUUAGUAUGACAAGAAUGUUUUCUGAGAUGGAGUAGUAGUUUAAGUGAUUCUUAGGGUUUGAUCUUCAGACAACAUUAUUUGUCACUUGAUGAAAACCUUUAAUCAAUGUAAAUGUAAAAAAAAAUGUUUGUUUUAUUUAUUUGUUAACUGAUCAAAUAUAUAGCUUACAGGUUUUA